UGCAGGUACCGGAGGAGCGGAGCGGCCGGGAGGGGCUGGGUCCCCUGGGGCUCCCCGCCGAACCGAUCCAAGCCGGAGGGAUGCCCCGGCUCAGACGGAUCCCGGAGUCUUGCCUCCUGCCCAAACCCUUCCCCUCGGGUUGGCCCUCCAAACCUGCUCAGCGCUCGAACCCCGGUCCUGAGGGUUUGAACCCCCAAUACCGCCUCUCUCGUGACUACUCCUCCUAAAGCCUCCUCGCCCCCUUCCAAGUCUAUUCCCCAUUCCCACCCUGAGCCCCGAAAACUAGCCUCUGCUCCUAACAUUCCUCCAAUCCAGAGGUUCCCCUCGUACGUGACCCUCAGACCCACGCCCUCCCCAUCUUGUGACCCGGCCCCCAACUCCCCUCACCAUACAUCCGUUCCUCUGCUCAGUCUGGGCCCAGGCCCCUGUGGCCCUGAAGACAUGGAGUUUGUAUCUGGAUACCGGGAUGAAUUCCUUGAUUUCGCUGCCCUCCUGUUUGGCUGGUUCCGAAAGUUCGCGACAGAGCGCGGGGCUGUGGGGGCCAGCCUUGAGGGCCGCUGGCGCCAGCUGGAGACGCAGAUCAGAAGGCUGCCCCAGGACCCCGCCCUUUGGGUGCUGCAUGUUCUGCCCAACCGUAAUGUGGGCAUCAGCCUGGGGCAAGGAGCAGAGCCAGGCCCUGGAUCGGGCCUGGGGGCUGCCCAGUUCCUGGGAGAUGAGCCCCCACUCCACCUGCGAGACCUAAGCCCCUAUGUCAGUUUUGUCAGCCUGGAGGAAGGGGAGGAAGCAGAGGAGGAGGAGGAGGAAGAGAGUGGAGAGGAGGAGGGUGCAGGCUUGGAGAAGGUAGAUCCAGACAAAAAUGGGGCCCCUGCCCCUACCAGCAGGGACUCCCCCCAGGAAGCAAACCCUCCAGGGAGGCCAGAGGAGCCGGAGCGACAGGCAGGAGGUGGAGGAGGUGGCCAGGAUUGCUGCCGAGAAGACAAGGCAGAGGACGAAGCAGUCCCUGAGAGGAGGAAGGGGCGGAGAAGUGAGGCUGCCCCCCUGCACCUUUCCUGCCUCUUGCUGGUAACAGACGAACAUGGCACCAUCUUGGGCAUUGACCUACUAAUGGAUGGAGCCCAGGGCAGUGCAGGCAAGGGCUCAGGGCCAGAGAACCUGGCCCCUCGGGCCUAUGCUCUCCUCUGCCACAGCAUGGCCUGCCCCAUGGGCUCCGGAGACCCUCGAAAGCCCCGACAGCUGACUGUGGGAGAUGCCCAGCUGCAUCGAGAGCUGGAGAGUCUGGUCCCGAGGCUGGGAGUGAAGCUAGCCAAGACGCCGAUGCGCACAUGGGGUCCCCGGCCAGGCUUCACGUUUGCCUCCCUUCGGGCUCGAACCUGCCACGUCUGUCACAGACAUAGCUUUGAAGUGAAGCUGACACCUUGCCCCCAGUGUAGCGCGGUCUUGUACUGCGGAGAGUCUUGUCUCCGGGCCGACUGGCGGCGAUGUCCGGAUGACGUGAGCCACCGGUUUUGGUGCCCGAGGCUCGCGGCCUUCAUGGAACGUGCCGGAGAACUGGCAACGCUGCCUUUUACCUACGCCACAGAGGUGACCAGUGAAACCUUCAACAAGGAGGCCUUCCUGGCCUCACGGGGCCUCACUCGUGGCUACUGGACCCAGCUCAGCAUGCUGAUUCCAGGCCCUGGCACGCCCAGGCACCCCCGGGGCAGCACGCCAUCCCUCAGCCUUCUUCUCAGUGGAGAUCCCUACCAGCUUCUCCAGGGGGAUGGGCCUGCCCUGAUGCCUCCUGUGCCCCCAGAUCCACCCAGGAGCUUCUUUGGCUCAUGGCAGGAUUACUACAGGUGGAGGGGCCUCGGCUUGGACUCCCCCAUGGCUGUGCUUCUCACCUACCCGCUGACUGUGUACUACGUCAUCACCCACCUGGUGCCCCAGUCCUUUCCUGAGCUCAACAUCCAGAACAAGCAGUCACUGAAAAUCCACGUGGUGGAGGCCGGGAAGGAGUUUGACCUGGUCAUGGUGUUUUGGGAGCUCUUGGUCCUGCUCCCCCACGUGGCCCUAGAGCUGCAGUUUGUGGGCGACGGCCUGCCCCCCGAGAGUGACCAGCAGCAUUUUACCCUGCAGAGGGAUGGCCCAGAAGUGUCUGUCCGUCCUGGUUCUGGGGUAUCGGGGCGGCUCAGCUCCGGGACCAAGGAGAAGGGGGGCCGCAGGGACCUGCAGAUCAAGGUGUCUGCACGGCCCUACCACCUGCUCCAGGGGCCCAAACCUGACCUGGUUAUCGGGUUUAACUCCGGCUUCGGUCUCAAGGACACCUGGCUGAGCUCGCUGCCCCGGCUCCAGUCCCUCCGAGUGCCGGCCUUCUUCACCGAGAGCAGCGAGUACGGCUGUGUGAUGGACGACCAGACCAUGGCGGUGGCCACGGGAGGGGGCACCAGCCCCCCGAGGCCCAAUCCCUUCCGCUCCCCUUUUCGCCUGCGAGCGGCCGACAACUGCAUGCCCUGGUACUGCAACGCCUUCAUCUUCCAUCUGGUCUACAAGCCCCCGCAGGGGGGCGGGGCCCGCCCGGCGCCGGGUCCCGCGCCCCAGGCCCCGCCCCCCGCCGCGCCCCCCGCCCCCGCCCGCAGACGCCGAGGGGAGAAGAAACCUGGGCGGGGGGCCCGCCGGCGCAGGUGAGGGCCCAGGUGUGGCCGCCCGGCGCCCCCCGCCCAACACGCCCUCGAAAGCAGAUCGGAGCCGCGCACGGCCGGGGGGAGGUGUUUGGCGGAUCGCGCGGAGGUAAAUAAAAGUGCUCGUUUGAA